AUGUCCGACAAUAACAACAGUAAUAAAGAUAAUAGUCAAGAUUUAUUCUUUAAAGUAUAUAGAAAUGUUUUCUUAAAAAAUAAAAUAGAUAAUUCAUUUUUUGUAUUUAAUAAUAAAAAUAGUAGUACCAAUGUAGAUGCAUUCUUUGAAGAUGACGAAGGUCAUAAAAUUCAAAAAGAAUUUAAACAAGACAAACCUUCACCUUAUAGAAGAAAUAAAAUGAGAGUUAAUCCAUCAUUACAACAUUUAUCUUUAAAUAAUAAUAAUAAUGAUAAUAAUAAUAAUAAUAAUAAUAAUAAUAAUAAUAAUAAUAAUAAUAAUAAUAAUAAUAAUAAUAAUAAUGAAGAAAAAGAAAUUAUAUCAAAUAAAUUUGUUUUAACAAAUGAUAGUCAUAAUCAAGUUGGAUCAGUAUUUUCAAAAAUUAAAUUACCAAUGGAUUCAGAUUUAUUGAUUAAAUUUACAUUCAAAAUAUCAAAACCACAAGGAGAUAAUGUAGGUGCAGAUGGAUUUGCAUUUGUAAUUCAAAGUAUAAGUGAUACACAAUGUUCAACUCGUUAUUCUGGUGGUACAACACUUGGAUAUCAUGAUAUUGCAAAAGGUGAUGGAUGUGUUGCAGUUGAAUUUGACACAUAUAGAAAUGAAGAUGAACAAAAUGAUAAUCAUAUUUCAAUUCAAGGUACCAACAACAAAAGAGGAAAUCUUUCAUCAUCAAAUCAAUUUUCCAUAGCUUCAGCAGUACCAUCAUUUUCAAUGAAAGAUGGAUUCCAACAUAAUGUAGAAAUUAGUUUUAAUCAUAAUGAAACAAGUUUAUCAAUUUCAGUUGAUUCCGUUCAAUUAUUAAAUAAUAUUCAUGUUCCUGAUUUAGUUGGUUUAAAAAAAGCAUAUUUUGGUUUCACCAGUGCCGCAGGUUACUUUCACUCUAAACAUUCAAUUUCGUAUUGUGAAGUUUUAAAACAAUAA